UGGAGCUGAAUGCACCGGUCCACAGGAAACACUGCACCAAAAUGAAGACAGCAAUGCGGCAUGGAGCUGCCAUGUUUCUGGCCAUCACCAUGUGCACCAGUUUGUUUUUCGUAUACAACGUCAACAACAGUAGCAGCAAUAAUGGUGUUGCCAGGGGAAGAAGUUCUAACUCUGCACCCACCCAGACUCCAAACAAAGCUUUUCCACCUGUGUAUGGCUACAUCAGCAUCAUAGAUCGCAGUCCUCUAAAGAUGCACUGCAGAAGUUGCUCAUUGGUCACUAGCUCGGGUCAUCUGACGGGUGGAGGACGGGGUGCAGACAUCGACAGCGCCGAGUGCGUCAUCCGGAUGAACGAUGCGCCCAGCGGGCGUAGCUUCUGGGCCGAUGUCGGGCGGCGCACCAGCCUGAGGGUGAUCGCUCACUCCAGCAUGCAGCGCGUCCUGCGCAGCCGCCACGAGCUGCUCAACUCCAGCCACGACACCUUCUUCAUCUUCUGGGGCCCGAGUAACUACAUGCGGCGAGAUGGAAAGGGGCUCGUCUACAACAACCUGCGACUAAUGAACCAGGUGCUGCCCAAGCUCAAGGUCUACAUCAUCUCCUGGCAGAAGAUGCAGCGUUCUGAUGAGCUGUUUAAAAAAGAGACGGGCAAAGACAGGAGGACGUCCAAUUCCUGGUUGAGUACCGGCUGGUUCACCAUGACCAUAGCCCUGGAGCUGUGUGAUCGAAUCAAUGUUUACGGCAUGGUGUCUCCUGAUUUCUGCAGCGAAGAUCCACGGCCGUCAGUCCCGUAUCAUUAUUAUGAGCCGCUGGGGCCAGACGAGUGUGCCAUGUACCUCUCCCAUGAGCGUGGGCGCCGGGGCAGCCAUCACCGCUUCAUCACCGAGAAGCGUGUUUUUGCAAACUGGGCACGGACGUUUGACAUCCAUUUCCACCAGCCGGACUGGAGCCCAGCUCCUGUACCCAAAAAUGCCACAGGGACCAGAGUGAUGUCUCAGUCACGCAGGACGUGA